GGACCUGGGUCUCUGCAGCUGGUUUAUCUCUUCUCUUCUUCCUCCCCCUUCUCUUCUCCUUUUGAGAUUGGCCACGAGAGAACUGAGUUCGGGUGGCGGCGCCGGUCGCAGCGCAGGGGUCACGGCGAAGGUGGCGGCCGACGGCUGGAAGGGCAGGCUUCCUUCGCCGCUUGCCCUCCUUCCCCUGUCCGCUCGGUGUCAGGCGCGGCGGCGCGUGGGGCGGACUUCGUCCCACCUCCAGCACCCCCCAGCACCGGAGCGGGCACUCUUCCCUUCGCCAUCCCCCGACAUUUCACCCCGGGGACUGGGCGCCUCCUCCGGCGCAGCUCUUGGAGCGGGGGUCGGUCUCCUGCGCGUCUGUCGCGCCUCCAUGUCGGAUAACCAGAGCUGGAACUCCUCGGGCUCGGAGGAGGAUCCGGAGACGGAGUCCGGACCGCCUGUGGAGCGCUGUGGGGUCCUCAGCAAGUGGACAAACUACAUUCAUGGGUGGCAGGAUCGUUGGGUAGUUUUGAAAAAUAACACGUUGAGUUACUACAAAUCUGAAGAUGAGACAGAAUAUGGCUGCAGAGGAUCCAUCUGCCUUAGCAAAGCUGUCAUCACACCUCAUGAUUUUGAUGAGUGUCGAUUUGAUAUUAGUGUAAAUGACAGCGUUUGGUAUCUUCGUGCUCAGGAUCCAGAUCACAGACAACAGUGGGUAGAUGCCAUCGAACAGCACAAGACUGAAUCUGGUUAUGGAUCUGAAUCCAGUUUGCGUCGACAUGGCUCAAUGGUGUCACUGGUGUCUGGGGCAAGUGGCUAUUCUGCAACAUCCACCUCUUCAUUCAAGAAAGGCCACAGCUUACGUGAGAAAUUGGCUGAAAUGGAAACCUUCAGAGAUAUCCUCUGUAGACAAGUUGAUACUCUACAGAAGUACUUUGAUGCCUGUGCUGAUGCUGUCUCCAAGGAUGAACUUCAAAGGGAUAAAGUGGUAGAAGAUGAUGAAGAUGACUUUCCUACAACACGUUCUGAUGGAGACUUCUUGCAUAAUACCAACGGCAAUAAAGAAAAGUUGUUUCCACAGGUAACACCAAAAGGAAUUAAUGGCAUAGACUUUAAAGGGGAGGCAAUAACUUUUAAAGCCACUACUGCUGGAAUCCUUGCUACACUUUCUCAUUGUAUUGAACUAAUGGUAAAACGUGAGGACAGCUGGCAAAAGAGACUGGAUAAGGAAAUUGAGAAAAGAAGAAGAAUAGAGGAAGCUUACAAAAAUGCCAUGACAGAACUUAAGAAAAAAUCCCACUUUGGAGGACCAGAUUAUGAGGAAGGUCCAAACAGUCUGAUUAAUGAAGAAGAGUUCUUUGAUGCGGUUGAAGCUGCUCUUGACAGACAAGAUAAAAUAGAAGAACAGUCACAGAGCGAAAAGGUCAGGUUACAUUGGCCUGCAUCCAUGCCCUCUGGAGAUGCCUUUUCUUCUGUGGGGACUCAUAGAUUUGUCCAAAAGCCCUAUAGUCGCUCUUCCUCCAUGUCUUCCAUUGAUCUAGUCAGUGCCUCUGACGAUGUUCACAGAUUCAGCUCCCAGGUUGAAGAAAUGGUACAGAACCACAUGACGUAUUCAUUACAGGAUGUAGGUGGAGAUGCCAAUUGGCAGUUAGUUGUAGAAGAAGGAGAAAUGAAGGUAUAUAGGAGAGAAGUAGAAGAGAAUGGGAUUGUUCUUGAUCCUUUGAAAGCUACACAUGCAGUUAAAGGAGUUACAGGACACGAGGUCUGCAAUUACUUCUGGAAUGUUGAUGUUCGAAAUGAUUGGGAAACAACUAUAGAAAACUUUCAUGUGGUGGAAACAUUAGCUGAUAAUGCAAUCAUCAUUUAUCAAACGCACAAGAGAGUGUGGCCUGCUUCUCAGCGAGAUGUAUUAUACCUCUCUGCCAUUCGGAAGAUACCAGCCUUGACUGAAAAUGACCCUGAGACUUGGAUAGUUUGUAAUUUUUCCGUGGAUCAUGACAGUGCUCCGCUGAACAAUCGAUGUGUCCGUGCCAAAAUAAAUAUUGCUAUGAUUUGUCAAACCUUGGUAAGCCCACCAGAGGGAAACCAGGAGAUUAGCAGGGACAACAUUUUAUGCAAGAUUACAUAUGUAGCUAAUGUGAACCCUGGAGGAUGGGCACCAGCCUCAGUCUUAAGGGCAGUGGCAAAACGAGAGUAUCCAAAGUUUCUAAAACGUUUUACUGCUUAUGUCCAAGAGAAAACGGCAGGAAAAUCUAUUUUGUUCUAGUAUUAACAGUGACUGAAGCAAGGCUGUGUGACAUUCCAUGUUGGAGGAAAAAACUUAAAAAAAUAUCGAAUGCUCUAAGCUGGAACGUAGGAUCUCCAGCCUUGUCUAUGGCCCAGCACCGUGGCCUUGUGUACAAAAAUGAAGAAAUAUUGCAGUAGCAAAGCUGAACAUCUAACACUAGCUGUCUCCUGCUAGCUCUCCAUACUCAGCAUAUAACUAUAAAUACAUGUAAAAUUACAUGUACAUGGCUAUAUUUUUAUUUGCUUGCUCCUAGAAGAGAAAAAAAAUCAACUUUGAAUCACAACUAGAAAUUGAAGCUUUAAGUUUUGGAAACUUUCAGAUUUUUUAAUUUAGUGUGGUCCAGCCUAAGAUCCUCAUUUGUAUCAGGUUUUGUGCACAAAAGAAAAGCACAGAAGUUGAACGCGCACAGGGCCGCACGGGGCGUCUGCCUUCUGUGCACCAGCUGCCCAGGUGGGGUUCUUGUUUCAGGCCUGCAGUUAAACCUGUUUCCAGAAUUUGGGGGUUUCUUUUUUUUUUUUUUUUGCUUUGCUUUGCUUUGCAUAAUCAUAGAAUUCAUUGCUGCUGAUUUCUAUGAUUCAUGUUGUCAUAAAAAGUAUCUCUUAAUGACUGAGGGCUGUCAAUAACCUGUGAUUUUUUUUGUUUGUUUUUUUCCGUAGUCUUACUCCCAUGAAGAACUUUGGUUCUGAUGGAGAAAGAAGGAAAAGCUUUUUCCCCCCUAGCUGUAUUUGUAUUUUCUGCAUUUUUAGUUGUACACUGUUGUGCUACAGCUUUUCUUGUUUGUUUGUUUGUUUGUUUGUUUGUUUGUUUGAAACACAAUUUGGCGAUUCCUAAAUGGGUUCUUUCUUACCUGCAAACAGAAACAUCUGUGCAAACCUUGUGGGUAUAAACUGUUUUCUGGUAAAAAUGAUCAGGGUAAAAUGAGCUUACAUUUUUAUGAAAUUUGUGAGAGAAUAUACAGUUAUUACUUGUGAAGGCAAAUCAGAUGGAUUUUGACCUUUGAUUCAAUAUUUGUAGUAUUCAGUAACAGGUGUUUUUUGGUUUUUCUGAUUUGGGUUAGUUUAAAAGGUAUGUUGCAAGACAUGCCCAGAAAAUGUGAGCAAUGUCCCUGUUUGCCUCUUGAUCAGAAACUGCAGCAGAGCAGUGAGGGGUUCCCUGUGAAAUUCUUUCCUUCGUUGCUAUAAGAACAUAAAUGUAUAAUACUUUUUUUAGUUUUAUUAGUUUUUAGCCUCUGAUAAAAACCUUGAAGCAUGGAGUUGAGGCAAGAAAUUUUACUCAUUGAAGUAGAAAUGACUGCCCACUUCAAAAUCUUCAUUAAUGUUUAUACACAAAUGUGCUUACAUAAGUCAGAGGCAUUUUGUAGAUGCUUAUCUGACUAGUUCAUCUUUGUAGAAACACAAAUCAGAUUCAUUAUGUAAAGCAGAAAGUCAUGUCACGUGGAACAUGUCUUGUAUAUAUUUCAUACAUGGUAAUGGAGUCUUAAUGAUAAAUGCAAGGUGAUAAUUUAAUGAUGGGAUUAGUCUGAUCACUUAAUAUGCACAAUCCUGGAAGUAAAUUACUUGCAUCAGAUGUAGUGCUAUUUAUUAUUCUGUACAGAGAGAAAAAUACAUAUAAAACAUAUGCUUAACAUUAUAUGCACGCAGAUUUCAUGCUCCAUAAAUCUUUUCUAUUUUUAAUUUACUUUCUCUAAAUGAUGUGCAUGGACUAUGCCUUAUUACAGAAAAAUGCUGUUCAUAAUUGGACUAUGUGGAAAAGUGCCUAUGGUGGUAAUGCUAGUCAGGCAAACAAGACAAAUUGUCAUAUCAGUUUACUACAUCACCAUUUAACAUUUUAUAUUGUGAUGUUUAAAAAAGAAAAGUUUAUACCUCAAAUGUGUAUUUUAUUUUACAAUCAGCUGUGGGCUAGGGUGUUGGGAGUAUGGGAGGGUUAGGGAGGGAAGGUAUAUUCACCAUAGACACUGAUGGGAAUCUUCAAAAAAUUCUGUAUGCCCACUAUAGAUAUUUCUCUGUUUGCCAUUUUUUCUGGUAACUGUCAUGACCACAGACAAGUAACUCUUUCAUAACUAAAUUGGAUAGCUUUAUUUCACAAAGGUAUGGAAAGUUUACAAAGCAGUAUCUAAAUCUAAUUAUUGUUUGUUGCAUUUGCACUAAAUGUUAAUGAUAUACUUUUGCAGUUUAUUCUGUAAAUAAAAUGAUUACACUAAAAUAUUUGUAUUAAAAAAGAAAAAAGAUACAUUUUACCUUUAGGUAAUUGCACCGGUACUUCACUAGAGUUAAUCUUGUCCAACCAGAUAUAGAAAUUAGUAGGAGAAUGUGAAAAGAAUUAAAAAAGGGUCAAAUUUUAGAGAGGUGCUAGCCCUGUAGACAGUAUUCAAACCCUCUAGAAUUAUUUCCAUAUGGUGAAUUCCUGCAUACUCUGAAUAUACAUAACAUUUUCUCAUCCCCGGUUAUUUCCUACUUCUCUUCCCCAAGCCAAAAAAAAAGAGGAUCUUUUUACUCUCUUUUCUACUCAGUUACCCUUUUAUAAUGCAAUAGAAACUUUAAAAAUUUUGGUGAUGAGGGGGCUUUGUUCCCUGAGCGAGAACACAAUGUUUUAAUUAGAAUGCAGGACUCCCAGAUUUGAGGGCAGGGUCAUCCUAGCAGCUCUGGGUUUGGGAUCGCCAGACAAAGGGGCAGCCAGAGCAAGGAGGGGGAUGACUGGGAGAGGUGUAAGAGUACAAAGUAAGGAAAAUGAGGAAAGGGUUUCCCAUUUGUUUGGCUUCAUGAGCUAAUCUGUACACCUAUACAACGUCAGUGUCAAUUUGCUAUGGAGAAUUUUUAGUUGGGGUGAGCUGGUUCUCUUGUGAAAUUGUGCUGGUUAUCUUUAAGCUUACCAGUUGUUUGUCCAGUUAAACACUUUUACCAGUAUUUAGUCCAAGUUGUACAGAUGAUGUCUUUGGAUUAUUGUCAUUGUUCAUCCACAAACUCAAAACAUAAUCAUUUUUAAGUACCUUGGGAGUGUAUAGGAUGUAACUAUUCUAUAAUAGCUUUAUGAUCCUGAUGAUGUUUUUUAAAAAUAAUAAAAGUUGGAUCUUCCAUGUUACAAUCACAAAAUUAAGACCAGUAUUUAAAAGCAGAAAAGUAUUAAAAUAUUAUGGACAAAUGUGCUUGUUUGGUUGUUUUUCUUAACCUCCAGAUACUGCCCUACAUAAUUGUCUUGAGUAGUCAAGAGCUUGAAGUACUCCAAUUCAGUGGUCUUCAGACUGCAAGUUGUAACCCAGUUAGGGAUCAAGAAACUGUUAGUGAAUUAUGACCUGAUUCUUUUUUAAAGCAAAAUAGCACAAUGGAAUAAUCAAGUUCAUAAAAUGUAAUAAAGGUAAAUAGUUUGUGAA